AGAAAGACUUAAGCCAAGAAAGGUUUACUACUAAACGACGACGCUUUUGCAAUCGCCACCCACAAACCUACAAAAAGAUUCAACCUUUGGAUUCAUUCUUCAUCAUGAAGUUCAUGAAACUUGGAUCCAAACCUGAUUCCUUUCAGUCUGAAGGAGACAAUGUUAGGUAUGUAUCAAGUGAGUUAGCAACAGAUGUUAUUGUCAUCAUUGGUGAUGUCAAAUUCUAUCUUCACAAGUUUCCUUUGCUGUCGAAAAGCGCACGGUUGCAGAAGCUAAUCACAACAUCAACAUCAUCAUCAAAUGAAGAGAAUCAGAUUCAUCAUCAUGAAGAUGAGAUUGAAAUAGCAGAGAUUCCUGGUGGUCCUGCUUCAUUUGAGAUCUGUGCUAAAUUCUGUUACGGAAUGACGGUUACUCUAAACGCUUACAACGUAGUUGCUGCUCGCUGCGCCGCUGAGUUUCUUGAAAUGUACGAAACAGUAGAAAAGGGGAAUCUUGUUUACAAGAUUGAAGUUUUCUUGAACUCAAGCAUACUUCAAAGCUGGAAAGAUUCGAUCAUUGUGCUUCAGACGACGAGAGCUCUGUCUCCAUACUCUGAAGAGAUGAAGCUAACCGGGCGUUGUCUUGACUCGAUCGCCUCUAGAGCUUCGAUUGAUACUUCGAAAGUCGAAUGGUCUUAUACUUACAGCAAGAAGAAGAAUCUCGACAACGGAAUGAGGAAACCGCAGGCGGUUCCUAGAGAUUGGUGGGUUGAGGAUCUUUGUGAUCUUCAUAUUGAUUUGUAUAAACGAGCAAUCGCUACAAUCGAAGCAAGAGGGAACGUUUCAGCUGAUGUUAUCGGAGAAGCAUUGCAUGCUUAUGCGAUUAAAAGGAUUCCGGGGUUCAUUAAAAGCAGUUCAGUACAGAUCACUGACUUUGCGAAAUACAGAGCUUUGGCUGAUUCAAUCAUUGAGCUGAUUCCUGAUGAGAAACGCAGCGUUUCUUCGAGUUUCUUGACUAAGUUAUUACGAGCUUCGAUCUUUCUUGGUUGUGAUGAAGUAACCGGGUUAAAGAACAGAGUUGGUGAGCGGUUAGAUGAGGCGAACUUGGGCGAUGUUUUGCUCUAUGAUGUUGAGCUGAUGCAGAGCUUAGUUGAGGUUUUCUUGAGAUCCCGAGACCCGAGAGAGGAUGAUUUAACCGCGAAAGCAUCAGUUGCGAAACUUGUUGAUGGUUAUUUAGCUGAGAAAUCGAGGGAUUCCGAUAAUUUGUCUCUUCAGAAGUUCCUCUCACUCGCGGAAAUGGUCUCGAGCUUUCCGAGACAGUCUCAUGACGGAGUUUAUCGCGCCAUCGACAUGUUUCUUAAGGAACAUCCAGAGAUGAACAAGAGCGAGAAGAAGAGAAUCUGCAGGCUAAUGGACUGCCGAAAACUAUCAGCAGAAGCCUGCGCUCACGCGGUUCAAAACGAGCGAUUACCAAUGCGUGUGGUGGUGCAAGUUCUCUUCUUUGAACAAGUAAGAGCUAACAACAACGGUUCAUCAUCAACCGGAAACAGCACGCCAGAGGUUAUUCCGGCCUCAAGAUCAACAAACACUACUGAUCAAGAAGACACAGAGUGUUGGGACACAGAGGAUAUCAAAGCUUUGAGAGGUGAAUUAGCAAAUCUAAGACUCGCAAAGAAUCAACAAGAGAACAAUAACAAAGGGAAACUGAUAAAAGGAGGAGGAUUAGGAGUUUCUAGAGUGUUUUCGAAGCUUUGGUCUGGUAAAGAGAGAAGUGGAGAUAUGAUGAGUAGCUCAGGGACUUCAAGUCCUGGUUCUGUUAAUGAUGAUUCCAAGUCUUCUUCUUCCACAAGCAAGAAGCAUUAGCAGGAGAAGUAAGAAGCAAGAAAAAGAUGAAUUAGGUUUGCUAAAAUGUUCAUCCUAUUACUAACUUUUCUCUCUUUUGGAUCCAAUUUCUCAGUUGUUACCAUUUUCUUUCCUUUGUGGUUUUGUUCUUCCUUAGUAGGUAAUGGUUUUUUUUUCUGCUUUGUUGUCACUUGUUACCUUAAAAUGGAAGUGUUUA